UCUCGAUUUCUUAAUACCUUAAAAAUAAAAUUUUCUGAUAACUUAAAUGUUAUGAACACUAUUUGUCAACAAUGAAGUAAAGCAAAUACGGAAAAUACUGAUAAACUGUUUAAAUUUAUUUUAUGAAAUAAGGCACGAAUCUACUUUAAAAUGCGUCUGAUGCAUUUGCAAGUGUAUGUGUGGUGUUUAUUAAUAAAAAUAUUUGUUAACUGUGAAAUAAUAACUCUAAUUAAUAGACAAAAUGUAACAUGUGUCACCACCGGCGAAGAUGUUAAUUCAACAAUAUAUUUACAUCCUGUAACAAACGUACCCUUGAAAGAUGUUACUUCCAUUAAAUCUCUAGAAUAUAAAUUAGGAAACCUGCAAAGUAUUAGAAAAAAAAUAAUAACGGACCAACGUUGGCAAGACUUUAAGGUCCAAAACAAUAAAUUAGAAAUUGCUCCACCACAAGAUGUUGCAUUUUCGUUUAACGGAAAAGAAAAUUUUAUAGUUGUCAUAAACAAUAAACCAAGUGAAAAGGCUACAAGUAAUGUAUGUGUAAAAUGGUGUCAUUUUCAGUUGUCGAUUGAAGACAACACUGUCAGAAUAAAAGACCGUCAAAAUAACAACAUUUUCCUGAAAAAAUCACCUGAAAAUAUUGAAAACAUUACACUUACUUCACCCUCACCAUCGUUCUGGAAAUUACAUAAAUUCCAUGUCAGAAAAAUCAACAAACAUUCAAAGAUUACAAUUUCGCACACAGGUCCUUUACGUUUAUCUAUGUUCGUAUAUUUAAAUAAAUAUAGUAACUUGAAUUUAUAUCUAAUUUCAAACAAUAAAACUACUCCAAGGAAUAUUAGUGGAAAUAGAAAACCACAAGAAUGGCAAAAGGUCGAAAUGACAAUUGAAUCUGUUAACACCACAACUCUGCUUAUAAAGCCAUCAAAACUUGCAAAAUGGGCGGUGGAUAAAAUAAAUUUCUACCCAACAAAUAUUGGAGUUUACAAAGCCACAAACAUAUCAACUACAUCAAACCAAACUUACAUUUGCAAAAAGCUGAGUAACUCCAGUAAGACGAAGAUUUCGGACGCCCGAAAGUUAAAUAAUUGUAAUCAAGGAAAAUACAUGUAUUUGGGAAGUUCUUGUAACAUUCCAUGUGAAGACAUUCUGGGAAAAGAAUUUAAAAAAUGUGAAGAGCAUAAAAUUUGCGAAGAUACAUGUUACUGUCCAGAAGGGUAUACUGGUGACUACUGUGAUGAACAACUUAAAAAUACUUUACAAAUCAGGGAAGUCACAAGUAACAGUAUUUCUUUAUCUUGGAUGGCACCUAAGAUUCCAAAGACAUACAAGUACAUUUUAAAAUAUGAAUGUAAAAAUUUUUUUUGUGCAAAUAACAGGAACGAAGAAAAAAAAGUAGAAAACAUCGCUGGUUACACAAUCCAAUAUUUGAAACCAUCCACAGAAUGUUCGGUACAGUUAUACAAUUCCCACAAAAACCUUAUUGCCAGUAUAAGUGGCACGACUAAAAAUACAGAAAAACAAAUAACUGGGGAAGAGCUUCCAAUCGAAUUUCUGUUUUUAGAAAACCACCUUAUUUUCCAGUUUGAACAAUGUGAUUAUUUUUACGGUCCACUGAGUUUUAAAUUCCGCUUUAAAUGCGUUAGUCCAUGGUGUAAAAAAGAAAACAGGAACAUCACAUUUAACAUGACACAAUACAUUCAAAAGAAAAUAUAUACUACUAAAAAAUUCUUACCAUUUACUGAUUAUCAAUUGAAGGUAGAUGCAUCAAGAUUUGAUUCACACUUAACAAAAGAAUAUCCUAUUCAAAAAACUGUACCAGGGAUACCCAAAAAAGUAAAAAAUUUGAAAAUCAAUUGUCGCAAUAGUACAACUGCAAUGAUAAGUUGGGAAGCCCCUGAUCCGCCAACAGGAAAACUUUCACACUAUGUUAUUACGACUACAAGUGGUAAAAAUGUAAACAAAAGUAAUUCUAUUGAAACUUCUGCUACUAUAGAACAUUUGCAAAGUGAUACACAAUACACCAUCGAGAUUUCAGCUAAAAAUCAGAACGUUGAGGAGAGCGGAGAACCAGAAUCAUUAACAAUUCCAAAAUUCGAAAGUUUCGAGAAACCCCAAAAUCUGAGUUUUAAAUUGCUUUCACGAAAAAAACUGCGUCUGACGUGGAAUCAUCCUAUCAUCAAAGAUUUUUCUAUCAGUGUGUUGGGAAAACACUCAGAAAAUUUCCCAGUGAUAUCGGAAAAGUGCCAAAAAAUGUAUCAACACGAAUUGCAGCUCGAUUAUGAAGACAAUCACAUAAUAAAUGUUUGGGGAUUAGGAGCCCCACCCGAGAAUAGAACUUACAUUAACAUUACAAGAAAAUACGCGUACUUCGCUCCCCAACCUUUUUUAACGUUUUGUGUGGAAACAAAAUGUUUACUACUUUUGGUACCAAAGCCGAAAGACGUUGAUACAAAUAGUAAUUUUACUAUUUUGAUUAAAAACAAGCACAAUGAAACGGACAAACGGCUUCUAACAGAUUUAACAUUAAUUGAAGAUUAUUUUCACAUAAAAUUGGGAGAUCAAGUAGUUUCCUUAGAAAAUGAAACUUACAAGAUGUCCCUAAUAAUUAACAACAAAUCCGUUUACCCCUUCAGUGAACAAAAAAUUCACAUAGCCAGUCUUGCAGGCCAAAUUGUCUUGUGUUUAGUCUCUCUUAUAACAGUAAUAUUUGUAUGUUACCUCUGCUAUGCGUAUAAACAUGCAGUUUAUCCUUUCGAACUCAAUAAUAAACCUCAGGAUAAUGAACAAUGGACAAUUAUGGAAUUUACAGAACAAUAUCGGACUAAUAGUAUUAAGCGAGUUCGUCCUAAAUGCGACUCUCCUCCCAAAGAUGAAGAACUUGAGGUUUUAGCACCUAAAACUACCGUUAACAUUAAUGCUUUUGAAGACUACCUAAUGGACUCUCUUGGCGAUGACCCGAAGAAUAAUGACUUAACACACCAGUAUAAGGCCAUACCAAACCCAACAAAACCACGUACUGUGGCUCUUUUGAAGAGAAAUGUUCCGAAAAACCGAUACAAAAAUAUAAUAGCAUUUGAUGAGACUAGAGUGAAACUGAAAGACUGCUACGACUACGAUUACAUCAACGCAAGUUAUGUGGACGGGUAUGAAGUCCCGAAGGCUUUUAUCGCAACCCAAGCACCGAUGGAGUCCACCACUGGCGAAUUCUGGUGGAUGGUUUGGCAAGAAAAUGUCAAAACCAUCAUAAUGCUCACGGAACUGGUUGAAAAUAAUGUCGAAAAAUGUGCGCAGUAUUGGCCAGAAAUGGACUCAAAGAUGCGCUGCGGGAAAAUAUUAAUCGAAAAUACAGAUCAAAAAAUUCACGCGGAUUUUGUUCACCGGAAAUUAACAGUGAGCUGUGAUAAAGAAACAAGACUCAUUGAGCAUCUUCAGUUUACCACUUGGCCCGAUCACCAAGUGCCUCUAUACCCCCAGAAUUUUACGGAUUUUAUGAAAAAAAUGUUGGCGAUUUCUCAAAACGACUGUCGGAUUGUGGUGCACUGCAAUGCCGGCUGUGGAAGGACCGGAACUUUGAUUUUGUGCGAUAGAGUUUUGCGAAUGGCAGCGAAAGAAAAAAAGCUCGAUUUUGUGAAAACAUUAACCGAGAUGAGACAACAGAGAACUUAUUUGGUUUCCAAUGUGGAUCAGUACAUUUUUGCCCAUUUCAUUGUUCUGGAGUGCCUUUUCGGAGUUGAUUUUUCAAUACCUAUCAAUGAUUCGUUCCAAGAUGAAGUAAUGAAAGUGUUGAGGAAAACUACAGUGAAACCCGUAAUGGAGCACUUGGAUAAAGUAAUAAUGCAAUUCAGAAAAAGACAAUUAAAACUAUCGACUUCUAUUAAUGAAAAAGAUAAAAGUAAAAACAGAUUUUCUGAUAUUCUACCGGGAAACGCUAAAGUGCUUUUGCAAACUAGUCCAAAAUGCCCUUCCAGUUAUAUAAAUGCCGUAGUUGUGGACUGUUAUCGCUGCCCACAAAAAUUUAUCGUUACACAACAGCCUCUCCCAAACACCCUUGAUGAUUUUUGGAGAAUGAUAAAAUAUCGUGAAAUUAAUACAAUUGUUUCACUAAAUGAAAUCGAUGGAAGCGAUCCACGCUGUCCCAAGUUUUGGCCACUUGAUAGCCACUCGACAAGACUGGAAGUUUUAGAAAACACCGACGAAAAAAUCUAUUCCAUUAUAAAAUUAAAAAUUACGAACAAAAGCAAAAUUGAGGACAAACCCGACGUAAAAAUUAUCAAUGUUUUAGAAAUGAAAAACUGGAAACGAGAAACACCUCAACCUCGAAAUCCGAAAGACUUAAUUAUAGUUUUGAAAGAGAUGUUUAAUAACUCAUGGAAAGGCACUAGCCAGAUUGUAGUCACUUGCUAUGACGGUGCCACCGCUAGUGGCCUGUUUGUCGCCUUGGCUUUUCUCCUUGAAAAAAUAAACUAUGAACAAAAAUGCGAUGUUUUUUCGGCUAUUAGGACAGUGAGGCAAAGUCGAGAGCAAUUUGUUCAGGAAUGGGGUCAACUUGAGUUUUUAUACAAAGCUGCCAAAGUGUACAUUGAGGAAUUCGAUAAUUAUGAGAACUUUCAGGACUAAACUAACGAACUAUUCGCAUAUUGAGUUACUUCCGUUGGUAACCCAGUUAUUUUUUUAACAGCUUCCGAUAUUUGAUGGGGAAGGACCAGCAACUUAAAAAGUUGAUAUUCUUUUUGCACCCCAGAAUUGCCAGUGGUUAACGCUGAGAUCAACUCAAGGUUCUAAAAAAUAGUUUAAGUUCUAACAAUAAGAUUAUUUUACUCACCUGGAUUUGCUCAAAAGCUUUCAUUAUUACAGGCCUUUCAACUGUUUGAAUAUUUGAGUUGGCAUUUGCAAAUUUUAAAUAUCUGUUAAACACCAUUUCAAAAUUCAUAGGUUGAUUGUCGUAAAUUUCACAAUGAUGUUUCAUAGUUAUUAUUAAACACAGUUCAAGCACGCUUAAGUCUUGCAGCACUUGGACUGUCUCAUCUCUUUCAAACAAUUCUACUUGCUUUAAAAACGUAUCAUACGACAAUUUAUUGUUAUGAUCAUUAAGUUCAGACACUACAAGUAGCUGAAAUAAAUCGUUUAAAUCAU